AUGCUAUUUGUCACAGAGCCAAAAUUCAUCAAUAUUUCCAAUCCUCGUAAACUCCUCUCUCUCAUCUAAGAAUAUGAACUUAAAUUCCGUCCUGAUUCUCCUAUUACAUAAAAAGCCAUUGAAAGCAUGGGAUAAGAUCGUCAUCACUUUCGUCGAAAGUUUCAUUUCUAAAUCUGACUCAUCUAGGAAUAAAUUCGAGUUGCGUUAUGAUUUUGAGAUCCAAAAAAUACCAUAUACUGAAGCUGACUUGUAGAAGACCUAUUUAAAUUACAUGAGAGAAUUGAUCAGUAAUUCAUUUAUUAUUAUUAUGUUAGUGGAUUAUGAGACUCUCUUUGAAAAUAGAAAAAGAAUUAAAGUUGAUUUUGAAAAAAGAUAAAAAGAAGAAGAUGAACUUAGAGGAUAGUAAAUUCAUAUUAUUAUCUAGUAAAUGGCCUGAAUCUACUAAUAAUAAAAAGUUUAUUCGUAAUCAAAUUGAAUAACUUACUCUUGAUUAAAAAUUAUAAUUUAUUGAAGAAGAAAGAAAUAAAGAAUAAAAAAUUAAUGAUUGUUUUGCUAAAGAAGCUAUCAAAUAAGAACUUGAUAGAAGACUUAUUAUUUAAGAAAAUUUAUCUAAAGAAUAAAAAUGUUUAGUUUCACGUAAAGAAACAUUUGAUAAACUUAAAAAAAAAGCUGUAUCUGAAAAUAAGAAGGUUAAUGAAAAAUUUUAAACUCAUUAAUAAUUAUUAAGAAAAUAAUUAGAAAAUGAUUUCCGUAAAUCCAAAUCAAUAUAAGAAAAAUUAGAAGCUAAGUAAAAUUCUAAUUUUUAUUAUUCUUUAGAGAAUUAUUACUACAAUAAAAACGAACCAAAAUUAUCUCUGAAAUUGCCUCUCGUAAUCGUAAAGUAGAUGAUAAAAUUAAUCAUUUCAAAGAUGAUUUUGGUAAUCGUUUGAUGGAAGAACUUGUUAAAAAAUAACAAGCAUUAGAAUUUUCUAUGAGCAAAAGAUAAAAAACUGCAGAAUAAUUAGAAAAAAAUAGAUUAGAAAAAUAAUAAUUCUUUGAAUAAAAAUUAAACAAUAUCAAUCUUAAAAUUAAAUAAGAAAGAGAAGAAAAAGAAUCAGAACUAUUUAAUAAAGUUGGAUAAAAAUUAUCUAAAUCAGAAAAAUUAUUAGAAGAGCAUGAUAAAUUAGUAUUGAAAAUGUAAAUUGAUAAAAAAAAGGAGCACUAAACUAGAUUCUCAAAAUAAAAAGAAAGAUAUAAAUAAAAAGAAGAUAAACAAUAAGAAAAAAUUGAAGAAUGGGAUGAAAAAUUAAAAAGUAUUUAAGAUAGGAUUGAUAAAUUCUAAACCAAAAAAAGUGAAGAAUGGAAAUCUAUAAAAGAAUAAAAAAUUUUAAAUUAAAAAGAACAUUUAGAAUUCAUUUCAUUUAUGAAGAAAAAAAAAGAAGUAAUCCAUUUUUAUAUACAUUUAGGAUAAAUAUUAAAAAUAAUAUUUGGAAAGAUAAAUGACAGUCCAAAACAAACUCAAAAAAUUUAAAGAUGAAUAAGAAUAUGUUCGAAAUUAUUAAACUGCAUCUAAAUAAAGAUUUGAAUAGAAUACUUUAGUUUAAAUUGGAGAAUUAAUAAAUUUAAAAUAUUCUUCAUCACUUUAGCUACUUAAGUAUAUUAUACUUAUUAUUAUUUUAUUAGUAAGUUGAAAGAUCUAGAAGAUGAAGAAGCUUUUAAUGAUAUUUAAUAGAAAUAUAAAUAAAUUGUAAAAGUUCCAGAAAAAAAACCUGUAGAAUGA